UCCUGUUUCCGGAGUGUAAAUAACAUGGCGAGGAUACAUAUUCGACGUAUAUGCUAGUAUUUCUGUCUAAAAUGAAGGCAAGAUUCACAACAUUCGACAUUUUGGCAAUUAUUCCAGAGAUAAGAGCAAGGUUAAUUGGCCUUCGAGUAUUGAAUGUCUAUGAUCUUGACAAUAAAACUUACCUCAUCAGACUUGCCAAACCUGAUGUGAAAGAUGCCCUAUUAUUUGAGUCUGGGCAACGAAUCCAGUGUACGGAUUUUGAUUGGCCUAAGAAUGCUAUGCCAUCUGGGUUUUCUAUGAAGUUGCGUAAACACUUGCGAGGAAGGCGAUUAGUAAAGGUGGAACAGUUAGGAGUUGAUAGAAUUGUGGAUUUACAGUUUGGCGAAGAGGAAGCAGCCUACCAUCUCAUUGUUGAACUCUAUGAUAGGGGUAAUGUAGUGUUAACAGAUCAUCAAUAUACAAUAUUGAAUCUGCUGAGGGUGAGAACCGAUCAAAGUCAGGAUGUGAAGUUUGCUGUUCGGGAGCCAUAUCCACUAGAAAGUGCUAAACAACCUGAACCAGUGCUGUCAAUAGAAAAAUUGCAUGACAUCUUAGUUGCUGCCAAAGAUGGUGAUCAACUGAAGAGAGUUCUGAAUCCCCAUUUAGUUUGUGGUCCUUCAGUCAUUGAGCAUUGUCUGUUAAAACAAGGGUUUGAUGAUGGUUGUAAAGUUGGACAAAAUGUGGAUAUUUCUACAGAUCUUCCAAGAAUAAUGGCAGCAUUGCAAGAUAUGGAAAAUGUUCUCAAAAAGAUAGUUGAAUCGCCUUCAAAGGGUUACGUCAUUCAAAAAAAAGAAAAAAAGACAUCAAAAUUAUCAGGAGAUGUCCCGGAAGAGUUAAUAACAUAUGCUGAAUAUCAUCCAAUGUUAUUUGAACAGCAUCAAAAAAGUCUAUAUAUUGAAUUAGAAUCAUUUGGAAAGGCUGUUGAUGAAUUUUUCUCUCAAAUGGGGACACAAAAGCUUGACAUCAAAGCAUUACAACAGGAAAAAUCAGCCAUUAAGAAGUUGGAAAAUGUGAAAAAAGACCACGAGAAACGAAUACAACAGUUACAGGCAUCACAGAAUGUUGACAUGGUCAAAGCACAGUUGAUUGAAAUCAAUUUACCACUGGUUGACCGUGCUAUUCAGGUAGUACAAAGUGCAAUAGCCAAUCAAAUUGACUGGGCUGAAAUCUGGGACAUUGUCAAAGAAGCGCAGACACAAGGAGAUGAAGUUGCUAAAUCUAUCAAAUCUUUAAAAUUAGACAAAAAUCACAUUACUUUACUAUUGAGGGAUCCAUUUGUAAGCAGUGAUGUUGAUGAUGAAGAUAAGCAUUCUGGGAUUGGUCCUCUCAAAAUUGACAUUGAUCUUGAUUUAUCUGCCUAUGCAAAUGCCAGAAAAUAUUAUGAAGCAAAGAAACACUCUGCAGUAAAAGAACAGAAAACACUUGCAGCAUCACAAAAGGCUUUGAAAUCUGCAGAAAUUAAAACCAAACAAACCCUGAAGGAUGUUGCUACGGUGACAAGUAUCAACAAAGCAAGAAAAACAUACUGGUUUGAGAAGUUUAUCUGGUUUAUAAGUUCUGAAAAUUACUUAAUAAUUGGAGGAAGGGAUCAACAACAAAAUGAAAUCGUUGUCAGAAAGUAUCUCAACAAAGGUGAUAUUUAUGUUCAUGCUGACCUACAUGGUGCUAGCAGUGUUAUUAUCAAAAAUCCUACAGGUGCUGAUAUACCUCCUAAAACUCUAAAUGAAGCUGGAUCUAUGGCAAUAUGUUAUAGUGCAGCCUGGCAGGCGAGGGUAGUGACCAGUGCGUGGUGGGUGUACCACAAUCAGGUCUCUAAAACUGCACCCACAGGAGAAUAUUUAACAACUGGUAGUUUUAUGGUCAGAGGAAAAAAGAAUUAUUUGCCACCCAGUUAUCUUGUUAUGGGAUUUGGAUUUCUUUUCAAGGUGGAUGAAGACAGUCUAUGGAGACAUAAAGAUGAAAGAAAAGUGAAAUCACUAGAAGAGGAAUUAGAAGAUCAACUAUCUGUUACUGAUAGUCAAGUUACUGGCAGUGGUGAAAGUGACGAAAUAUCUAUUCCAGAACAAGAAGGGGAAGAGGAUGAUGAGAGUGAUGAAGAGGAGGCAAACCAGGAGGAAAAGGAGGAGGAAGAGGAAGAAGAGCAGGAGGAAAAGGAGCCGGAGGAUGGAAAUAUUGAAAGUAAAGGUAUUGCUUCCGGUGAUCACCAGGUUGCACCAGAUAAUGAGGUAAUAGCUGCAACGCUAGAUUCUGGUAACAAUGAAAAAAAAUUAGAGAUCAAAAUGUUGGAGGAAGUUGAUGAUGAUGAAGAUGAUGAUGGAUUUUAUCCAGAUAGUACUAUACAGUUGCAACACAUCACUGGAGAUAAAUUUGAGUUGCGCAGAGGUACAAGUACUACAGAUAGUGCAGUUGACGAUAAUGAGAAGUUAAUUUAUCUGGGAGAUGAUAAACCUUUCCUGAUUAAAGAUAAGGCUGAAAGUUCUGGAAAGCAGCGUUUAUCUGCCAAGCAACGAAGGUGAGAAUCUA